AUGGACACCUCGCUUCCCUUCUCCCGGUUGCUGUCGGAGGAGAGGCCCAUGGCUGAACUGUGGGGCUGCCAGCUGGGCACAGGCGCCCGGAGCUGAGUGGUGAAGGAGGGCGAUGACUUCUUGGAGCACCUGGUGCUGCUGAGAAUGGGGACUGAUGCCAGGGACGAGCUGUACGUGGUGGCUGUGGACUCCAAAAACGCCUCCGGGGAGCACAGGCUGGUGCCCAUCGCAGCACUGCGGAGCUCAGUGCUGCCCAUGAUCAGCCCCAAAGCUCUGGAGCUGGUCCCUCCCGUCACCGUCAUGCUCCAGUGUGGGGCUGGGCCAGUCUAUCUCAGCGGGCAGUGCAUCACCCUGGAAGAUGAUGCCAGCUCUGAAGCCGAGGAGGAAGAGUUCUUGGAGGAAGACGCAGGAGAUGAGGAUGACGAUGGGGAAUCAUAG